AUGCCAGACCUAGGCUUCAACUGCAGAACGGAGAGAGACAAAUGGAGGGCAGGAGGCAUCGUUCACACUGCCCCGCUGCAGGUGGACGUUGGACCCGGAUCUUACGACGUCGCGGCAGGAGGCCCGCCGACGGAGGGUCGACCCGGCUACGCCCCUUUCCUAAGCACGGCCGAGAGAAAGCUCGGCCCGGACACCGCCGCGGCCGACCUCCCGGGCCCCGGGUACUACUCCUCCGAGCCUGUUCAGCACAACAGCGGCCUGUCCGGGCGACCCAGCGAUGUCUUUCGAUCGGGCACGAGCCGUUUUCGGCCCUCCAACGGUGGCCAGGGCGCAAACGACACCCCCGGUCCGGGCACGUACCUCGGUCACGAGGAGUUCGGGACCAGGGACCAGGGAAUGAGCGGCAACUUUAAGGGGGACAGCGACAAGAUCAAGUGGGUGCGGGUGCCGACGGCGCCGUCCAUCCCCGGCCGGGAGCAGAGCUACGGGUACGAGGAGGGCGAUCAGGGGGAGCUCGUCAUGCAGCGGCCCGUGGAGCUCGGGCACAGCGGGCGCGGGGACGAUCGACCGGGGCCGGUAGACUACCAGCCCAGGGUCGAGUACACCCGCCGCUGCCCGGCGGCCAUAGACUUCUCGAAGGGCGAGGACCGACUGGUGGCCCUCAGCAAGGCGAGGGCGUCCACCACCCCGGGGCCCGGCCACUACAACGCCGCCAGGGGGCUCGGAGACCCCGACGACGGCCUCGACAUCGGCAGGGCCAUCCACCGCAAGCGGCAGCGGCCCACGGCCUCCUUCCACUACGGGACAAAGCGAGAUAGACAGCGCAAGACGCGGGACACCGCCGCCCCGGGACCGGGGGACUACAAGAUCCCGAGCGGGCUGGACGUCCGGCGAGACCCCGGCCGCCGAGACCUGUCCUUCUUGUCGACCUCUCGCCGGUUCGACGAGCCGGCCACCGGCGCCGGGAGCCGGGCCCCCGGGCCGGGGUCCUAUGUGACCGCGCCCAGCGACUUCGACCGCUGCCGGGCGAAGGACAAUCGGGUUCGUCCGCGGCGCGCCUCAUUCACGGCGCCGGUGGGAUUCCAGUCCACCACCCUUCGUUUCGCUGGCGACGGGAGGAGGGGUGGCAGCGAGAUCGGGCCGGCGAGCUACAGCCUCGGUGGGAUGGCUGAAGAGAUAAGCCGCAAGGGCUCAGGAACCGGAAGAAACGUGGGCGCCUUUGGGUCGACGGCGAGGAGAUUUCCGGUCGCGGGGGGCGGUCAGCCCCACUUGCCCAGGCCAGGGGCGUACGAACUCGGCGUUGCUGGGGGAGUUGAUAGAGAGGAGGGGCAAAAUACGCGGCCCUCGGUUCCGGUCGGUCCGAGCGGAAAACGGUUCCCGAGUGCCUUGUCAGCGUUUGCAUCAGCUACCAAGAGGUUCGCCCCACCGUUUUCUGCAAACCCUGGUCCGGCACCGGGCCAGUACGAAGUCAGACCACUCGACAAGCCUAGAGGGGUUUUGCCUCUCGGAAAGCAGUCGAAGAACCGCUUCGAGAGUGCAAAGAACGCUGUGCGGCCGGGGCUUGGACCGGGGAGCUACGACGUGAGGGACGUGGUGCAGCUCGGAAGGGCUCGCUCGCGGAAGAACAUUAUGGUCAGCUCGCAGGCUCGAUUCACGGACCCGAGCGCGCCGAGUUCGAACAACCCCGGUCCAGGGUACUACGGCACGGGGAUGGUGUACGGGAAUCUGCUGAAGCAGACGUACAACAUCGCCAUCGCAGAGGCGAGUGCCGACAUUUGCUGA